AAGCUGAUUCCUGGCGCAUCGUUUUCAUGUAAAGGCGGCUGCAAACGGAUCGGGGUUUUUUUUUCUUUCUAUCUUUUCUUUUUUCAUUUAGAAAUGAUGAUUUUUUUUUUAAUGACUGAUCAUUCAGUUUUGGAGCAUUAGCUAUGCCAUCUGAAAAAUAAGAUCAAGAUAAAGAAUGCGCAAAUUACUGACUCAUUUUUGGUGCAAACGCGUCUUUCGGAUAGCAGAGAAGAUCCCUUACUUUUUCCCCAGAAUAAUUGACCACUGCGGUUUGGGGAGCAGGUAGUAAAAUCCUCUUGAUUGCUCUGGAAUAACAGAAGUGCUUUUUUGGGGGGUGUCCACUUAUAUAUGGUGGAAGAAACUUGAUUUCCAGGACGAUUAUGGAUGUCUGUUAAUAGACUUUAUCAGUAGUUAAUCUGCUAAAAGGCAUAUAAAUAAUAAUUUUAGAGGGCAUUUUCAUCGGGACGAACUGUGUCCCCUCAGUAUCAGGGAACUCAUGAAGGAUUUAAAUCAGGAGACAGACGCAAGCGUUUGCAGAAUCUCACAAUGAAGCUGAAAUCUUCCAAAUGGGGUUACCUGUUAAUCCAAUUUAUGAUGCUAUUUUUUUACACACAGACGGCCUCAGGCCUGCACUCUGUGUCCGUGCCGAAUUUCAGGCAGCACGUGACCGAGCACAGCCGCUUGUCGGAUCGCACGAGCCGCCGGUUGACGCGCACCUACCAGCUGUACAGCCGCACGAGCGGCCGACACGUGCAGGUGCUGAGCAAUAAGAGAGUCAUGGCCAACGGAGAGGACGGAGACGUGCACGCCAAACUGAUUGUCGAGACAGACACAUUUGGGAGUCGGAUUCGGAUCCGUGGAGCUAAGACAGGUUUCUACAUAUGCAUGAAUAAGAAAGGAAAGCUGAUUGGACGGACGAAGGGUCAUGGCAAGGACUGCAUUUUCACUGAGAUCGUCCUGGAGAACAACUACACAGCACUGCAGAAUGCCAAGUACAAAGACUGGUACAUGGCGUUUACACGGAAGGGCCGUCCACGGAAGGCGAUGCGCACGCAGCAGCACCAGAGAGAAGCUCAUUUCAUGAAACGCUUUCCACGAGGACACCUGCUCACUGAGCACAAGCCCUUUGAUAUCGUCCCUUAUCAGCUCAACAAGAGGACUAAACCACACAACCAUCGGCCUGGUGUCAACUAAGCAUGCUGACAUCUACACACACACACACCAACAUACAUGCACAUAUAGAGCUAAGCAAGAACACACAUCUUUUAAAAGACCUCUUUUACAGUAGCACGAACAAUCAAACUGGAUUUCCUUUGUGUGUAUCUUAUUUAAUAGCAGAAUUUGGAGAAUUUAUUUGACUUGUGAAAGGGACAGAGUCCAGACUGCUUUUCAGCUGUUUUUUUUUUCCAGAGACUGUUCUUAAAUAAGCGUAAUAUGAAAAGGCUUCAGAAGCCAUUGGUUCAGUAAGGUGCAGUUUGUCUCUGGGAAUGAGACACACACACACACACACACACACACACACACACACACACACAUGGCAGCUAUUUUGUUUGAAGCGAUCCUAUAUAACAAAAUCCAACAACCUCUCUGGUGCACUUAUGCAGAUUUGUUAUGGUCUUUCGAAAUGCGUCAGUCUCCUUCCAUUGUCUAUUUGAGUAUAUAUUUUUAUCAGAGCAAUUUUUAAAAAGUGAGAACAGAAAUAUUUAUUAUAGAGCGUGUAUGAAAUGUCUGUAAGCGUACGGUUGUCUUUUGCAUUUAUAAUGAAUGCCAUAUGUUUAAAUGUAUGUAAAAUAUAGAUUUUAAUUAAAUUAAU